GACAGCAUGGGAAACGUGAUGACGUUCCAAACGCCCUGUCCCUGCGACCUUUGUGCGCAUGCGCAUUGCGAGGCGGCCCUGUUAUUAUUUAUGUUUGGUCCAAGAUGGCGGUAGCACCUAGGUUGGUUAUGGUAAUGGUGCUGGUGGCGGCGAAUAGAACAUAAGGGUUUAGCCGUCACCAGCAGCAGCGGAGAGACCCGUCCCAGCUACACGGCGUGCGGGAGGAAUCGGGACGGGCGCACAGGCCGAUAGUUGGCCAGUCUUACUCUCGCCGGGCAGGGAGAAUGGCGGAGCCGCGCAGGGUGCCGUUUGUGAGCCUGUCACCCAUAAAGCCACGCGAGAUUGUGGGAAGCCUGAGUGUGGAUCAGCCGAGGAAUCCUCCACUCUCGUCGGCCUCCCAACGUCCUCCGGCAGCCCGGUCCCAGGUACCAGCCAUGCAGCAGCAGCAACAACAACAACAACAGCGGUCUCUGCAACAGACUCCCAUCCCACGGCCGCAGCGAGAAGCAGCCACUUCCUCCACUACGGCCAAGGAGGCCGGAUCCUGUCAUCAGAAGGCCAACAUCAAAGCGGAGGACGAUAAGAAUAGGAGCGAGGGGACGGUCAGGCUGGAGUUGGCACUGGCGGACCCAACAGAGGAGAGCUGUGCUGAGUUCAGCUACCGGGUACUGCUGCAAAACGAGCAUAGAGGAGUACAGGGAGGAACCUCAGGAUCUGACUUGCCAGUCCAGGUGAAAAAUCCAUCUCAUGAUCCAUUUAAUGAUGAAGAACGUGAAAGGCUAGAGGUAGAAAAAGUGGCAAAGAAACUUGAAGCAAAAUAUGGAAGAAAAAGCCAUCGCUAUCGGAAGGACCGCGUGCAGGAUCUUAUCGACAUUGGUUAUGGCUAUGAUGAGACGGAUCCCUUUAUUGAUAACUCUGAGGCAUAUGAUGAGUUGGUCCCAGCUUCCCUGACUACAAAAUAUGGAGGAUUUUAUAUCAACACUGGAACACUGCAGUUUCGGCAGGCAUCGGAUUCUGAAAAUGAAGAUUUUGUUGAUGGCAAAAAGCACAAAUCAUCUAAAGUAUUGAAGUUGAAAGAAGAAGACCGAUCACUUAAAAAACGCAAGAGGAAAGAGGACACUUUGGAAAAGGAAAAGCCGUCAAGGAAACUGAAAGUCUCCAAACAGAUGGGGGUGGUGGCAUUUAAUGCUCAUAAACCUGACAAAAAGAAGAAAAAGUUGUAUAAGGAUUCUUUGUCCCUUGCUGCAAUGCUUCGGAAAUUUCAGAAGGAGAAAGAUGCAUUGCAGAAAAAUGAAAGCAGGCAAGAGUUACCUACUGUAACAGUAGUCUCUGCUCUUCCAAAACCGAACCCAGCUCCUGUUGCCAAUGAUUACUCUGAUCUUACUCUUGGAAAUGACCCAGUUCUUGCUAUCUUUGGUGGUGGUAGCGAGCGGGAGCUUCUUCAAGAAGCAGAAUGUGCACUAGAAAUGCUUGGGGACUUUGAUUUUGAUAAACUUUUGGACUCUGCAUCCAAUGACAGUCCUGUAGCGUCUGAACCAGGGGAGAAUGGCAGUGUUGGUCAGUCAACAAAUCUAUCCCAAGUGCAAAUACUAAAACAAGUGCCCCCUCUUCCUGAGGGUCUACCAGCAAAGCUGGAAAAACGUAUUGAGGAUUUGCAAGUGGCGGCAAAAAUGUUUGAUGAGGAAGGUCGAAAAAAAUUCUUCACUCAAGAGAUGAAUAACAUUUUGUUAGACAUUGAGCUGCAGCUGCUGGAACUAAGCCCAUCAAAUAGGAACGUGGUAUAUGGUUAUAUUGAAGCAUUUGUACCAUGCACAAAGGAUACUCUUGUCAAGCGUUUGAAAAAACUACACUUCCACAUACAGGAUGACCGACUGAAAGAGCCGCUGCAGAGGCUUAAACUGGCCAUUAGUAAUGUGAUGCCUGUACAGAUGAACAGAUACCAAGAGGAUUGCCAAGCACAUAAUCAGGCCAAAAAUGCAAAGCAUCAAACUGAUGAUGGCGAUCGGAACCCUUCAGACGAAGAUGAUGAAGAAAAGCCAGGGAAGAGGGUAAUGGGUCCAAGAAAAAAGUUCUACUGGGAUGACACUAUAAGGAAUUUGCUUUGCAAUCUAGUGAAGAUUAAACUAGGAUGCUAUGAGCUUGAACCUAAUAAAAGCCAGUCACCAGAAGAUUAUCUGAAGACCUUUAUGGAAACAGAAGUAAAACCUCUGUGGCCGAAAGGCUGGAUGCAGUCCAGGUUGCUGUUUAAAGAGAGCCGCAGUGUACAUAAUCACCUCACUUCUGCUCCAGCCAAGAAAAAGGUUAUUUUGGCACCUAAACCCAAGGCAAAGGAUUCAAGCCCUAAAAAGGAGCAGAAGACUUCCAUGCAUAUCUCUGCAGUUGUUCGUACCCCUUCUCUGAAUGCAGUAAUACCUACUAGUGGUCCUAUCAGCUCUGCUUGUACACCAAACUCUGAAACUAUUUGCCUAGACGACUCAUUGGAUGAAGAGCUUUCCUUCAAAACUCCUUCAUUAGAGUCUGUCUCUGAAGCUCUCGCUGUGCUUAACAAUGGAUCUGCUGCAGCAUCAAGUUCUCACAUAGAAACACCCACCUCUCGUCCAAGAGUUGCCCUGAGAGAGGAAAAACUAGCUUCUAUUAUGAGCAAGCUGCCAUUAGGUGGACCUAAAAAGGCUGAUCCUCCUCAGCACACAUCUAGUCUCAUUGCUGGCCACUCGGCCCCUGUACCAAAGAAACCCAUGGACCUAGUAACGACCCAUUCAACAGUGGUGUCUGGGCUCAUUGCAGGUUCUUCCAUUCAGAAUCCCAAAGUGUCAUUGGAACCACUGCCUGCUAAGCUGCUUCAGCAAGGAAUACAAAGGUCUUUGCAAGCUGAAGUUUCAUCAUCCUCUACACCUGCUAAAGUGAAGGCUUCUUCUGCUUCUCAGGCCAAAGGAGCAUGUGCUUUCUCCUCCACUCCCUCUUCAUCCACUUCAGCGCCAUUAACCUCUUCAUCAUAUGCCCAUGUUUCGUCAUCCUCUUCACAAGUACAGAACUCUUCUUCCUUGCAGGCAGUCAAGGUCCAUCCACCGCUUCAACAAAAUUAUGUUACGCCUUUACAAGCGACUAUAAGUAAAUCUCAUACUAACCCCGUUGUUCGCCUGACCAACAGCCCCCAGAUCUCUUCUACAUCACCUGUUAUCAAGACACCUGAAAAAGUAGUUUCUUACAGACCACCUCCAUCACCGUCUCCAGGUAGCAGUCAACAUACACCAGUAUCUCGAACAGCUGCCUCUUCUACCUCUACUAACUUUAUGGCAAAAAAUGUUGGUACACAAGGUUCAAAUCCUGGGUUCAAGUCUCCUUAUACCAUGGCCCCUUCACCCAAGCCUACCACAUCUCCUAGUUCUUCCAGUUCAGGUACUCCUGUCUCCCAGAAUACUCAGCAUCAUAAGUUGACCAGUGGAAUGAACGUUGGACGUCCUUCGCCCACGGUCAGCCCCAUUAAUUCUGUUCGAGGUACAGUGGUUAUUCAGGGAGUCAGAAAUCCCUCUGCAUCUCCCAAGAUCCUUAGUUCAUCACCCAAAUCAGCCACUCCUGUUAACAGGCAACAAAGUCCUUCCCCAAAAAUUCCAGUUUCGUCUCCAGUACAGUCUCCAAUCCCAUCUCCAAAAAUGUCCAGUCCAUCUCCAAAAAUGCAAAGCCAAUCUCCAAAAAUACCUAUCCAGUCUACAAAAUCAUCCAGCCUAUCUCCUAAAUUACUGAAUCAUUCACAAUCUGGACCUAUUAAGACCACAGUUCCUAGCUCUGUGCUAAAUGUACCCAUCAGCAGAGCCAAUCAAAAUUCCAAUGUUACAAAUAGGACUCACCUUUCUGGGGGAACAGUGAGUGGAGCUAUGGGUGCUACAAAACAGCUAAUGCCUCACAGACAACCAUCUGCCUCAGGUUCUCCAGUUGCAGCAGCUACUGUGCAGUCUGCAGCAGCAUCUCUACUUGCAAAUACUUCACCAUUGACCCUCAUGACAUCACCACUAUCUGUAACAAGCCCAAAUGUUACAACGGCCUCGCUCAACCCAUUUGGCAUGUUGGGCGGACUUGUCACCAUGCCAUUCCCGUUUCCUUUGGAGCUGCUCAGCUUUGGGAGUGACACUGCAGGUGCAGUAACAUCCCCGGGUUCUACCUCAGCAGCUUUUCACCAUAAUCUAUCACAGAAUUUACUGAAAGGGUUACAGACGACCGCUACGCACACACCCACGAUAUCUCACUCCAGUUUGACUCCUCACUUGCAACAAGCAUUCACAGAUGGAGGUCAAAGUAAAGGGGACUCCAAAAUGCAGCGUAAAAAUCCAUGACAUCUGAUCAACGGGACUAAGUGGACAAGUUGUUUUUUUUUUUUUUGUUUUUUUUUUGUUUUUAAGAUUUAUUCUUCUGAUUGGCAGGAAUAGCCCUACUGGAAAGUGCUUCAUUGGCAGAAUGAGCUGCCAUGUCCUGUCUAUGUUUACAUGACUCUGAUCUCAAGUACUGUGGAGAACAGAAUGAAUACUUGAUCAAAACGAGGAAGAAGGCAGCAGGAAACUGAUCUUGUGCAUGGCUGGCUAUAAGAUGGUGCUACUGUAUCAAGCCACAGAGGAUUUCUUUUAGAGCAAGUGAUGAUGGAGGAGGAAGCUUCCCACUGCAAUGUUAAUAUAAUCACUGGGCUAAAUGAUUGAUUGUUUUAUAUUUAUUUUUGUUUCAUUCCAUUAUUUUACAGAGGAUUUCAGAAUAAUAUUGCUGGCAAAUAGUUCUAAAUAAAAUACAGAAAACUCUUCUUUCCCAACCCUCAAAAAAUUUAAAAUAUUUGUGCAAUUGAGUAAGAAUUUGACUAAAGUGGUACUUUUAAAAAAAAAAAAAAAAAAAUUUUGUAUACACCUAGGACUUUCAUAUCAAAGUCCUGUAGAGUUAUUGCUUUUGCAAAUUCUCGCUCAAAGUUUCAAAAUCAUGCUGUUUUGCUAAAAGAAUUUGAAAUUAUCCUUUUGUUGGCAGAUAUUUCAUCUGCAUGAGGGAGCAAUUAAAGUAGCAGUAUGGGACAAAUUGUGGUAGAUCUUUAUGUAUUUAAUAGUAAUUGGGUUUUAUUGAGCGCUAAUAGUUUGUACACUGGUUUAGUAGGUGGCGUUUUCAAACCUUGAACAACGCAGUAUUUUGGGAUUAAAGGAUUAGGCAACAAUAAGCCUUUAAUUACAGUCUCCACCAAUAUUUAAACACUUUUUUUCUAUUUUGUUACGAUAAUAGUAAUUUGUUUAACGUCCAGCCUUCUUCAAAACAUUAACCCUAGGGAUUGAAAUGAAUAUUUAAAUACAAGUACCAUCAAUUUCUAUGAAUAUUCAUAGUGUUUUAGAAUAUAUAGAGGUUCAUGUUGCCUGUUUCACUGUAAAAUGAAGUAGCUUAAAAAUGUUUGCACGUAUUAUCUUCACAUGUUGCAGAAUGUUUUGCAAACUUGAGAUGCAGUGCAUCAUUAGAACUAAGAUUAGCAUUAAAAUUAAAUUUCCAUUCAUUAUAAUUAAAACACUAGAAGUUAAUUUGUAUACACAAGCAUUCCUAAUCACAAUUGUAUGUAAAAGUUUCAGGACUUUAUUAGAACUGGAAAUUUUUGACAAAAAUGCAACAUUGGGGAAUACUGAUUUGUAGACCUAGUAAACUUCCUGUUAACAACCCAUGGAAAGGACAAAAUUGGUCAUUACAUUUGAACUCUUAAGGGCUCUACACAUUUAACGAUCCACCGCCGUGCUGCCCGACGGCGGAUAUGGGCGACCCGGCGGCGGGUGGGGGGCAGUGACGGGGGGAGUGAAGUUUCUUCACUCCCCCCGUCACACGGCUCCAUAGAAGUGCAGGCAAAUAUGGACGAGAUCGUCCAUAUUGGGCUGCAUGCACAGCCGACGGGGCACCAGCGAUGAAUGAGCGCGGGGCCGCGCAUCGUUCAUCGCUUGUGCCUCCACACACAAAGAUAUGAACGGUAUCUCGUUCAUUAAUGAACGAGAUCGUUCAUGUCUUUGAGUGAUAUCGCCCAGUGUAUAGGGCCUAUUAGCCUCUCGGUUUUUUUUUGUCUGUUUUUUUUGGGAGGGGGGGGGGGGGGGCAGAGAUGCAAAUACAAGCAUAGCACAUCCGUUAUAAAAACAUUCCCAAACUCUUCUGAUAAUUUCUAGAUAUAUUAAUGUUGGUAACUCAUAUUUUUUUUUUUUUGUUAAUCAAAAUUUGCAAUACAACUUACAUUUUUUAGUCUUUUAUAUAAGUCUAAUGUUGAGUCAUUCAUAUUGUUUCUAACAUUUUAUGCCAAAUGAAUGAAAACUCAGAUUGGUUGUGUAGGAAGCAAGUAUAUUAUGCUCUAGACCAGAGGUUCUCAAACUCUGUCCUCGGGGGCCCACACAGUGCAUGUUUUGCAGGUCUCCUCACAGAAUCGCAAGUGAAAUAAUUAGCUCCACCUGUGGACCUUUUAAAAUGUGUCGGUGAGUAAUUAAUACACCUGUGCACCUGCUGGGUUACCUGCAAAACAUGCACUGUGUGGGCUCCCGAGGACCGAGUUUGAGAACCUCUGCUCUAGAACAUUAAUUUUUGCUUACUUUGUCUCCCAAAAGUUCAAGUAAUAGGUCACGUUUACUUGGAAAUGAAUUGGGUUUACCUUGUAGUUCACAAAUGUCCUCCAUUUUCUUCUCCUAAGACUGAAAGAUGAGUCUACUGGCUAUUUUACCAACAUGGCAGUGAAUAUUAAGCUUAGUCUGGAUUAAUUUUUUUCAGCUUUUAACCUUAACUUCUGUUAAAACGACACAUUUAGCAGAUUGGUUUCAUUUCCAGCAUCUUAUAGCCAGUCAAGCAGAACUGUCUUUUAUAUGCGGGUAAGCAAGAGCAAGUUCAAGCUGGGAAAGCAGUUCAGCAGUGAGUGACAUUCAUAUUCCGUUAAGACUACAUGAAGACCCACCUCAGCUGCCUAGUGGAAGAUUGCAGUGUGUAGUUUUGGACUCAACCAUACAUUCAUCCAUAUUGCUGCUAUAGCCCAGAUCAUUUUGGCUGUAUUCAAAUUUUCAUUUUCUUCAAAUAUAUAUAGUUUACA